AUGCUAGACAGUGAUAUCCCUUCUGGUAGAGAUGCCCAAGGAAACUACCUGAUUGACCGAGACGGCGAGAUAUUUCGCCAUGUCCUGAAUUUCAUGAGGUGUGGCGAACUUGUGCUACCACGGGGAUUUAACGAGUUCGAUUUACUGGAACGUGAAGCAGGCUUCUUUUUGCUCGAGGCGCUUAAAGAAUUGGCUUUAAGAGAAGCUGCAGGUAUGUCGGCACGUAUUGAAGUGGGGAUUGCGGUCGGUACGGGUGGCACCAGGAGCACGUAUAUGAUGACCAGAGAGGCGUUGAUGAGAGAAAAAGAAUCUUUCUUCACCGACAUGUUGGAUGGAGGGAAGCCAGUUCCAAAAGACACGCAAGGCAACUACGUCAUCAGUAGGAACAAUAGUCUCUUCCAUCAUAUUGCUGACUACCUAGUACGUGGAGGAAUCCUCAAUGACAUCACAUCGAGUGAGCUUCAGCAGCUACGAAAAGAAGCUAACUCAGUUGGAGCAAAGCGGAUAGUUCGCUAUCUGACCAAGACGAGAGCCAGCGUCGAAGUGACGAAACUGCCGUGA